AUGGAAGACGUCCUGCGGAAGAUGAUGAUGGAACACUACCAGCGAGCCAUACGAUGCUUCGCACACUUCAUGGCUGUCGUAGUGCUCUGCUUCUUAUACCGCGUGCAGCAGCAGCUGGACUUUGUGACUUUAGUCCAGUUUCUGGUGGUCUUGAUGCAAUAUCUCUUCUCUUGGUGGGUGGCAAGAUCGCAAUUGUCCUCCAACGAGCUCCGACUGAUCACGCUGCUUUCACACGUCGGCCACGCUUUCUUCGUCAUCAACACACACUUGGCAGAGGAAGCGGACUACAACUUCCUCUCAGUUUUCUCGGCGGCCAUCCGCGUUUGCAUUGCUGCGCUGAUUCACGACCCGCCAGUGCUGAUCCCAUGUCAGACCCUGGUUUGUGUGGUGGAAGUUGCAUGCUACUUCGGACUGGAGGGGACCCGCGCCGGUCCUCCGUGGCAUUUCCUCGUGAGUCAGGCCAACGGCCUAGGUUUUGCGCUGCGGGGUUUAGGGCUUGAAGUGUGCUGA